UUUGGCCAACUCUAUUGAUCUGGACUCCUGCCUGCGUAGGCGGGUGGACCAGCGGACAGAAGCCAUGAGGGCUCUGCUGCUCCUGGGGUCCCUGUUGGUGAGCCUGGAAUCAGCACUUUUGAUUCCACCUUGGAAAGGCCGCAAUGUGUCUGAGCCCAGAGCAGAUGAACACACAGUGGUUUUCACCGUCACUGGGGAGCCCUGCUACUUCCCUUUCCAGUACCAACGGCAGCUGUAUCACAAGUGCACCCGCAGGGGCCGACUUGGCUUCCGGCCCUGGUGUGCUACCACCCCCAACUUUGACCAGGACAAACGAUGGGCAUACUGCCUGGAGCCCCAGAAAGUACAAGACCACUGCAGCACACACAACCCCUGCCAGCAGGGCGGCACCUGUAUGAACAUGCCAGGUGGGCCCCGCUGCAUCUGUCCAGAACACUUCACCGGGAAGCACUGCCAGAGAGAGAAGUGCUUCGAGCCCCAGCUUCUCCGGUUCUUCCAUGAGAAUGAAAUAUGGCAUAGGCUUGAGCCAGCAGGUGUGGUCAAGUGCCAGUGCCAAGGUCCCCAAGCCCAUUGCAAGCCACUGGCCAGCCAGGUCUGCCGCAGCAACCCAUGCCUCCACGGGGGCCGCUGCCUCGAGGCGGAGGGACAUCGUCUGUGCAGUUGUCCCGAGGGCUACGCAGGACGGUUCUGCGACGUGGACAAAGAGUCCAACUGCUACGAGGGCCAUGGGUUCAGCUACCGAGGCGCUGCUGGGACCACGGUCUCGGGCGCGCCGUGUCAGCCGUGGUCGGCGGAGACCACCUAUCAGAACCUGACUGCAGAGCAAGCACUGAAGUGGGGCCUGGGCCACCAUGCCUUCUGCCGGAACCCAGACAACGACACCCACCCGUGGUGUUACGUGUGGAGCGACAACCGGCUGAGCUGGGAAUACUGCGACCUGCCACGGUGCCCAGCAGCGCCCCAGACCCAGCCUCCCCCGCAGGCACCCCUUGGGCGCCAGGAGCCCCCCUUACCCUCCCUUUCAGUACAGGAGCCUCAGAUGCCGGAGCUGCCUCCCUUGAUCCAGAGCUCCGGCUGGACGCAGGAGGAGCAGAUCCCCGUCUGCGGACAGCGGCUCCGGAAACGGCUGUCCUCCCACAAACGCGUCGUCGGGGGACUCGUGGCGCUGCCCGGCGCGCACCCCUACAUCGCCGCGCUGUACUGGGGCCAGAGCUUCUGCGCCGGCAGCCUCAUCGCCCCCUGCUGGGUGCUGACCGCGGCUCACUGCCUGCAGAACCGGCCGGCGCCCGAGGAGCUGACGGUGGUUCUGGGCCAGGAACGCCACAACCACAGCUGCGCGCGGUGCCAGACCCUGGCCGUGCGCGCCUACCACCUGCACGAGGCCUUCUCCCCCGUCACCUACCAGCACGACCUGGCGCUGCUGCACCUGCAGGAGCGCGAGGACGGCAGCUGCGCGCACCCGUCGCCCACGGUGGGGCCCGUCUGCCUGCCGAGCAGCGCCGCUCGCCCCACGGAGCCCGAGGCCGCGCCCUGCGAGGUAGCCGGCUGGGGCCACCAAUUCGAGGGGGCGGAGGAGUACGCCAGCUUUCUGCAGGAGGCGCAGGUGCCGCUGAUCCCGCACGAGCGCUGCUCCGCCCGGGAGAUGCACGGCGCCGCCUUCCUCCCCGGCAUGCUCUGCGCGGGCUUCGCCGAGGGUGGCACAGACGCGUGCCAGGGUGACUCCGGGGGCCCGCUGGUGUGUGAGGAUGAAGACCAAGAGCGUCAGCUCACCCUGCGAGGCGUGGUCAGCUGGGGCUCGGGCUGUGGCGACCGUAACAAGCCGGGCGUGUACACUGAUGUGGCCAGCUACCUGGAGUGGAUCCAGGAGCGCAUGGCUUCCUGACCGUCCGGAACGCCUCCUUUCCUCGGUCGUUCUGGGAUGGGAAGAUGGCUGGACCCGAUCCUGGACCACAGGAUGUGUGCCAGCGCCGUCAGUCCGGCUCCAGGCACUGUCUAAACACUCAAUAAAGCGCUUUU